CUGGAGGGUUCUUCGUGGUAGUAUUAGUAAAAAAGUCUUCAAUGCCAUGGAAUAAAUGUCCCCCAAAGCUGCAGGGUGAGUCUGCAGAGCCGCGGGGGCCUGUGCAGCUGGGACCGCAGAUCCCAUGGGAAGGAGCGUUUCCCACCCCUUGAAGCUGGAGAGUAAACUGGCCACUGGUGUUAGCGACACAGAAGCAACUGAAAGAGCUGAGAAUUUAGAGACUAAUGGAAAUAAGAAAGAUGGUGUGUGUGGUCCUCCUCCAUCUAAGAAAAUGAAGUUAUUUGGAUUUAAAGAAGAUCCGUUUGUAUUUAUUCCUGAAGACGACCUCUUAUUUCCAACUAUCCAGAAAUUUUAUGCUUUGGGCCCUUCCUUCCCAAAGAUGAAUUUGUUAACUCGAACCGUGGAGGGGAAGAGAAGGCAGCUCUACAUGGUGUCCAAGGAGCUGAGAAACGUGCUGCUGAACAACAGUGAGAGGGUGAAGGUUAUUAACACUGGGGUUAAAGUUUGGUGUCGAAAUAACAGCAGUGAAGAGUUCGACUGUGCUUUCAGGUUGUCGCAGUAGGGAAUAUAUACGUUGUAUCCAUUUAUUAAUUCAAGAAUUAUCACCGUCUCGAUGGAAGAUGUUAGAAUUCUGUUAACCCAGGAAAAUCCAUUUUUUAGAAAACUCAGCAGUGAAGCAUACGUCCAAGUCAAGGACAUGGCCAAGGGCAGCGUUGUCCUGAAGUACGAACCGGACCGCAUGAAACCGGACACGCUCCAGUGCCCCAUCGUGUUGUGUGGAUGGCGGGGAAAGGCCUCAAUUCGAACUUUUGUGCCAAAGAACGAACGGCUUCACUAUCGCAGAAUGAUGGGGCUGGAAGUGUUGGUAGAAAAGAAGAAAGAGGGGGCUGUUCCGACGAGCGAGAGUGCAGCCAGCCCUGGGGCUCCGGAGGACAAGGUGGGUGCAGAGCAAGGGGCAGAGUAGCCGGCUGGCCGGAUGCCACCACAGGCAGUGACCCGGCG